AUGGAUCUUGAAAUAAAUGCCCAUGAUGUACAAACUGGAGACUGGAGAAAGCCACUGCUCGAUUACUUGAAUAAUCCAACUCCCAGAGCGAACAGAAAAUUUAAAUAUCAGGCUACAAAGUUUGUCGUGAUAAAUAACAAAUUGUUCAGACGAUCCAAGGAAGGAGUUCUUUUACGGUGCUUGGGACUUCAAGAAUCAAUUCGCGUUAUGGGCGAAAUUCAUGGAGGCACUUGCAGAGCGCAGCAAUCCGGGAAAAAGAUGCGUUGGCUCAUCAAAAAAUAUGGCUACUUCUGGCCAACGAUGGAGAAAGAUUGUUUUAAUUAUGCUAAAGGAUGCGAAGAUUGCCAACGGAAUGGCCCGAUUUAG